CCUUAAAAAAAAAAUAUCCAAACCGUCACGAAGCUUUUUCUUGAUUCCUCCUCGCGCCGUCGCUUGCGUUAGGGUUUUUUUUCAUCUCUUCCUUCUCGUCGCCUCCAAGGUACCUCUGACACCUCCGGUCGAUUUCUUGCCUUCACUUUGUGCAUAUUCCGGUCCGUCGGCGUCCCUUCUCGUUCCAACUACGUUAGGAGCUGUGUAUUCGUCCGCGGAUUCCUCAUGGCGGCCGGUUACUCCGACGAUUCCUAUUCCUACGACAGCAGAAGCAGCCAUCGAAGUCACGGAGCUGUCGCCGUGGGUUAUGACCGUCGGAACGGCUACAGUCCACCAGGUGCUAGGGAUUCGAAACCCUUGCGUCAUCUUGAGGAAAGAUUGAGGAGCCGCAGAUCUGAUGGGAGGCGAGAGUUUGACAACGAAGAAAGCGAUCAUGAGAGGAGACGGAAAAGAAGGCGGAGCGCUAGAGAUAGCGAGAGCGACGGCGAGAUGAAGAGGGAAGGGAUGCGGCGUGUUGUUGAUGAUGAGGACAACGGGGUUGAUAAGAGGGACAGGAGGCGGAGUGAAGAGGACGAAGAGGAGGGAAAGAGGGAAAGAAGGCGCUCUGAGAAUGUAGACAGGAGUCCGCGGAGACGUAAGCAUGAAGAUGGUGGCAGAGUCCGUGAUAGAGAUGACCGCCGCAGGGAGAAGAGAGAGGAUAGUCCACCUCGGAGACGAGAUUGCCGCUCAAGAGCACGAAAGGGUACCCCUCGGCGUGAAGACAGUGAAGGAGAAAGUGAUUGGUCGGAUAAGGAAAAAGGUACACGAAGACGGGAAAAUCACAAGGAACGCAAUGAACGCCAUGAAGAAAAACCUGCAGAGGGAGAUAAGUUACCUAACCAGGAGAUAAAGAAGCUAGAUAGUCAGCCUCCACCUAUGCCAGAUUCUAACAUGGGAAGGACGGGGGGUAUUUACAUCCCUCCUCACAGAAUGGCGCAAUUGAUGCGAGAAGUGCAGGAUAAGAGUAGUGAAGCUUACCAGCGACUGAGCUGGGACGCUCUCAGAAAAAGUAUCAAUGGUUUGGUGAAUAAAGUCAAUGCUACCAAUAUCAAGAACAUUAUUCCUGAGCUCUUCUCUGAGAAUUUAAUUCGUGGAAGGGGGCUUUUCUGCCGAUCAUGCAUGAAGUCUCAAAUGGCUUCUCCUGGAUUUACUGAUGUAUUUUCUGCAUUGGUUGCAGUCGUUAAUACUAAAUUUCCAGAGAUUGGUAGGCUUCUUGUGGUGAGAAUUGUCUUGCAACUCAAGAGGGCUUAUAAAAGGAAUGACAAGCCUCAACUACUUGCUGCAACCAAGUUCAUUGCCCAUCUUGUGAAUCAACUGGUGGCACAUGAGAUCAUUGCUCUGGAGCUUCUCACUAUAUUAUUGGAAAACCCUACAGAUGACAGUGUAGAGGUAGCUGUUGGAUUUAUCAAGGAAUGUGGUGCAUUACUUCAAGAUAUUUCACCUCAAGGACUCCAUGGUAUCUUUGAACGUUUUCGUGGUAUACUUCAUGAAGGAGAAAUUGAUAAAAGGGUCCAGUUUCUGAUUGAAGGCCUUUUUGCCAUACGAAAAGCAAAAUUUCAGGGAUUUCCUGCUAUUCGUCCAGAACUGGAUCUUGUUGAGCAAGAGGACCAAUUUACUCAUGAGAUAUCACUUGAUGAAGAGAUUGAUCCGGAGACUAAUCUUGAUGUUUUUAAGGCAAAUCCUAAUUUUCUUGAAGACGAGAAGGCAUAUGAGAAUCUGAAGAAAACCAUUCUUGGGGAUGAGUCUUCUGAUGAUGAAGAAGAUUCUGAUGCAGCUUCAGAGGAUGAAGAUGAAGAUGAAGAAGAAUCUGAGGAAGAGGAUGAUGAGAUGAUGAAGAUAAAAGAUGAAACCGAGACAAAUCUUGUCAAUUUGCGAAGAACUAUAUAUCUUACAAUCAUGUCAAGUGUUGAUUUUGAGGAGGCUGGACAUAAAUUGUUAAAAAUCAAACUUGAGCCUGGUCAGGAGAUGGAAUUAUGUAUUAUGUUGCUGGAAUGCUGCAGCCAAGAGAGAACAUACCUACGAUAUUAUGGUCUUCUUGGGCAGAGAUUUUGCAUGAUUAACAAAGUUCAUCAAGAAAAUUUUGAGAAAUGCUUUGUUCAGCAAUAUUCUAUGAUACAUCGUCUUGAAACUAAUAAAUUGCGCAAUGUAGCAAAAUUCUUUGCUCACUUGCUUGGAACGGAUGCACUUCCUUGGCAUGUGCUUGCUUAUAUACGGUUGACUGAGGAAGACACAACUUCCUCUUCUCGAAUCUUCAUUAAGAUUCUCUUUCAGGAAUUGUCUGAGCACUUAGGAAUUCGUUUACUUAAUGAGAGACUCAAUGAUACUACUAUGCAAGAUUCAUUUGAGUCUAUAUUUCCCAAGGAUAACCCUAAAAAUACAAGAUUUUCCAUCAACUUUUUCACAUCGAUUGGGUUGGGUGGUAUCACUGAAAACCUGAGAGAAUAUUUGAAGAACAUGCCAAGACUAAUUAUGCAACAACAAAAAUCAGUAACUGAUUCGGAAGAUGAACCUGAAAAUUCUAGCGACUCAAGCUCCCAGUCAGAUUCUGAGUCGGGAUCUAGUUCAGAUGAAAGUGAAAGGAAUAGGAGACGCUCCAAGAAGCAGAACAGGAACUGAAUUAUAUCUGAUAACUGAAAAUGGAGUGGAGAAGCUUAUAUCUUUUUGUGAAGUCGUGGGAAGAUGGAUGCGAGCGAUGAGUCAAGAGGGGGUGUUCUCCAGAUACUAUUGAUAGUAUGUUAUAUCUUAGUAACUGGAAAUUUCAGUCGGUUAUCUGAUUUUCUGACCAAUUCUUCCAUAAAGGAAGAAGACGGCGCUUGAACUGCUCAAGUGAGGAUUACAGUUAGAGAAGGAUUCUCCAUGAAAAGUCCAUGCAUCAGAUUUUGUCAUCACGCAACGGAGCGUUGACCUCAAAUUACCCCUCAAAGUUUAAUAUGCUGUUUGUUUUAUAGAUGCCUUGCUGAGGUAUGAUCGUGUGGUGAUGUUAUUUUCUGAUCGGAGGGAUUUCAGAAUCAGCAACUUGCUUGUAGGGUAACAUAUGCUUCAAAUUCGUCCCAGGAAAUGGCCAUUGUAAUUUUCAUACUAGAGAAUUUGGAUAUUUGCCUAGGCGUUUGGUUGAUUCGCUAUAGUCGCACAGCGAAAUGCGUGCUUGUGAUUUCUCAUUGUUCUAGUUUUGCAGUAAUCACCGGUCUUGGAUACUAAAUUUGUUUGCAGAUUUCUCCGA